GGGAGGCGCCACGGCCUCGCAGACGCAGGCGCCGGUAGCCGGAGACAAAGUUCCCGGGGAGAGCUCAACCCCGGAGGGCCGACGUCUAGGCGGCUCGCGGCGAGGGUCGCAGGUCCCGCGCGUCCAGUCUGCCUCCCGACUUGAGCGCACUGGGCCGGCCCGGCUCGGCUCGCCGGGAAGCAAGGGAGCAUCGCUGGCCGGCGACCGCCGCCAAACUUGGAGGGGGAGGAUGCUACGAGUGGGAGCGGCGGCGCGGCGCGCGGGGGCGCACUGAGUGCUCCCACGGGCGCCCCGGGGCACUGCUCCCAGGGCUGCGGCCGGGCGAGGGCGCCGAGGCUGAGCAGGCAGGUAGCGGCACCAGCGCCGGUACUGCGCCAGCCCUGCGAUCCAGGGCCGCCAGCGCCACCGUACCGGCGUCGCCUCCUUGCCACCGAGCCAUGGUGCGCGGAGCGCGCACACCGCGCGCGGGACUCUGAGCUCCGGCCGCGCCGCGCGCCCCCCACCUCCUCUCCCUGCUUCCCUGCCGAGCUUGCCCGCGGGCCAUGAACCUUUGGCCUGGAGCCCCUGGCCUCUGAGCCUCGAGUCGCCCGCUCCAGUCCACGCCGCUCGGCCCCAGAUAGCACUCCGGCCGCUGGGGCUCCCCAUCCUCUGACAGAGGCGGCAUCCAGGCGCUGCGGAAUGGCGCUCCGCGGGCCCCCCGGGCCGCGCAAAGUUCGCAGGAGGCGAGAGAUGCUGCCGCAGCAAGUUGGCUUCGUGUGCGCGAUUUUGGCCCUGGUGUGCUGUGCGUCUGGCCUCUUUGGCAGCUGGGGGCACAGAACAGCUUCUGUGAGCAAAUAUGUUCUCCCAGACACAUGGAGAAAUAGAAGGCUGAUGGCACCAGUGAAUGGGACUGAGGCAGCUAAGAAUUGCACAGAUCCUGCAAUUCACGAGUUCCCCACAGACCUGUUCUCCAACAACGAGCGACAGCACGGGGCCGUCCUGCUGCAUAUUCUUGGUGCUCUGUACAUGUUCUACGCCUUGGCCAUAGUGUGUGAUGACUUCUUUGUUCCGUCUCUAGAGAAGAUCUGCGAGAAACUCCAUCUGAGCGAAGAUGUGGCUGGAGCCACCUUCAUGGCUGCAGGAAGCUCAACACCAGAGCUGUUUGCCUCUGUUAUUGGCGUGUUCAUCACCCACGGAGAUGUUGGGGUUGGAACCAUCGUGGGCUCUGCUGUGUUCAACAUCCUGUGUAUAAUCGGAGUUUGUGGAUUAUUUGCAGGGCAGGUGGUCCGUCUGACGUGGUGGGCCGUGUGCCGAGACUCCGUGUACUAUACCCUGUCUGUCAUCGUGCUCAUUGCCUUCAUAUAUGAUGAAGAAAUUGUGUGGUGGGAAGGCCUGGUGCUCAUCAUCUUGUACGUGUUUUACAUCCUGAUCAUGAAGUACAACGUGAAGAUGCAGGCCUUUUUCACAAUCAAACAAAAGGCUAUUGCAAAUGGCAACACGGUCGACAGUGAGCUGGAGGAUGGUAAUGGUUACUGUGAUAGUAGGUCUGAUGACCCCUCCCUGCCAUUGCUGGGGCAAGUGAAGGAGGAGCCUCAGUACAACAAAAACCCAGUGGUGAUGGUGGACGAGGUCAUGAGCUCCAGCCCUCCCAAGUUCACCUUCCCAGAGGCGGGCUUACGCGUAAUGAUCACCAAUAAAUUUGGGCCCAGAACUCGUCUGCGGAUGGCCAGCAGGAUCAUAAUUAAUGAGAGGCAGAGGCUGAUCAACUCGGCCAAUGGCGUGAGCAGCAAGCCGCUUCAGAACGGGAGGCACGAGAGCAUCGAGAAUGGGAACGUGCCCGUGGAAAACCUGGAAGAGCCACAGCGGGACCAAGAACCCCCGCCACAGCCCCCGCCACCUCCCCAGGAGCCAGAGCCCGUGGAGGCCGCUUUCCUGUCCCCCUUCUCCAUGCCUGAGGCAAAAGGGGACAAAGUCAAGUGGGUGUUCACCUGGCCCCUCAUCUUCCUCCUGUGCAUCACCAUCCCCAACUGCAGCAAGCCCCGCUGGGAGAAGUUCUUCAUGCUCACCUUCGUCAUCGCCACGCUGUGGAUCGCUGUCUUCUCCUACCUGAUGGUGUGGCUGGUGACUAUUAUUGGAUACACCCUUGGGAUCCCCGAUGUCAUCAUGGGCAUUACUUUCCUUGCAGCAGGCACGAGCGUCCCCGACUGCAUGGCCAGCUUGAUUGUGGCGAGACAAGGCCUUGGUGACAUGGCGGUCUCUAACACCAUAGGAAGCAACGUGUUUGACAUCCUCGUGGGACUUGGCAUACCAUGGGGGCUGCAGACCAUGGUUGUUAAUUAUGGGUCCACGGUGAAGAUCAACAGUCGGGGUCUGGUCUACUCCGUGGCAUUGUUGCUGGGCUCCGUCGCUCUCACCGUCCUCGGCAUCCAUUUGAACAAGUGGAAGCUGGACCGGAAGCUGGGGGUGUACGUGCUGGUCCUCUACGCCGUCUUCUUGUGCUUCUCCAUAAUGAUAGAGUUCAACGUCUUUACCUUUGUCAACCUGCCAAUGUGCCGAGAAGACGAUUAAAACGGAGCCACUAACCCCCCGCCCGGGAGCUCUUCUGGACACUCCGGCGCUGGCGUCCUUUUUCCCUGCCCCUCCCCA